CUGUGAGCGCGCAGGGGCCGCGGGGAGCGGAGCGCGGCUCCGGCGCGGCGGCGGCGGCUGGCAGGGCUGGCGGAUGGAUGGAUAGACGGACGGGCGGCUGGGAGACAUCCCGCCACCCCAUUUGUGCUCUCCUCGCGCGGCUUUCCUCCCUGCCGUUUGGUUUUUUUUUUUUUAAUUUUUUUUUCCUCCUCCCCACCCUUUCAAAAUCUCCCUGGGAAUUUUGAUUUGCAGGGUUUUUUUUCCUCUUCUCUCUCUCUCUCUCUCUCCUUCCUGCUGAGGAUACGUUUUGCUUGCCAAGUUUGUAGUGACACCUCUCAGAUUCCCCCGCUCCCGGCUUUUUGGAUCUGUUACAGUGCCCGGUUGUAUAUAGACGUACUGUAUUUUUUUUUUUUGCCUUUUUUUUUUUUUAAUUUUUACAAGAAAAUGGGAAUUCUUUGGGAAGCUAAUGGAUGCUGAGGAGGACGAUCCUAAAACAAUCUCCUUGUAAUCUGUAAAUGAAGUAUACGAAGAAAUUCUUAAAUUCAGCCAUCACUUUAGCUCCAUGUUAAGCACCUCGAAGUAUUUAUGAUUGCAGAGCAGGUGCAAACAAGGAUUAGGAAUAAGCACCCAAAAGAACCGGAAAUUCUGAAUCUCAGAAUAACCAUGGGUGGAUUGUGCUCAUCUGAGCAUCCAGUCAACACUUGGAGAGGGGAUAUAGACCUGCGGCUAACUGGAUUUGAUUUAUAAGAGGGGAUUCUGCAGUAAAUGGCUGCUCUCUUCAUAUUGCUGCUAUGGAAAACAGAAUUGUCAAUAGGAUGUAGUCUGAUAAAUAGUGCUGAGUGAAGAUGCAGCUUCAAUAAGUGUGAAAUCAAUGGAAGAUACUUACUGCAUGAAAAGCCUUUUGAGAUUUUUCUGACAGGCGCCUAUUUAGGAAACUUGAUCUGUUUCCUCCGGUCGCCCUGUUUUUACACCAGUGGAUACAAAUCAGAUUGCUUCACUCUAGUUACACAACUAAUGUGGGACCAUGGCCUUUCCAAGAUCCAUGUGGCUGAACUGUGUAUGGAGAGCAACGGUGGUCCGCCUGCUACACACGGGAUUGAAUGCCACUUUUGCUUUUUCUAUACUUGGAUUUUUGCUUCACGCUGCAGCUGUGUCCUCCCAAAAAUUGGAUGAUACCAACCCAGUGGUGACCACCAACUUUGGCAAGAUAAGAGGGAUUAAGAAGGAACUUAACAAUGAAAUUUUGGGGCCCGUUAUUCAGUUCCUCGGGGUUCCAUACGCUGCCCCUCCAACAGGGGAGCGCCGCUUUCAACCUCCUGAGCCUCCAUCUCCCUGGGCAGAUAUCAAAAACACCACCCAGUUUGCUCCAGUGUGUCCCCAGAACAUUAUAGAAGGCAGGUUGCCUGAAGUCAUGCUUCCCGUGUGGUUUACUAAUAACUUGGAUGUAGUUUCAACCUAUGUACAAGACCAGAACGAAGACUGCCUCUAUUUAAAUAUCUAUGUCCCAACCGAGGAUGUCAAAAGAAUAUCCAAGGAAUGUGCCAGAAAACCCGGCAAGAAAAUUUGUAGAAAAGGAGGUCCCCUUACAAAGAAACAGACAGAUGAUUUAGGUGAUAAUGACGGUGCUGAAGAUGAAGACAUUCGGGACAGUGGGGGACCUAAGCCUGUGAUGGUGUAUAUUCACGGAGGGUCCUACAUGGAAGGCACUGGAAAUUUAUAUGAUGGCAGUGUUCUAGCAAGUUAUGGGAAUGUGAUAGUCAUCACAGUCAACUAUCGCCUUGGGGUACUUGGAUUUCUGAGCACUGGGGACCAAGCAGCAAAAGGAAACUAUGGCCUCCUUGAUCUAAUUCAAGCUUUGCGAUGGACUAGUGAAAAUAUUGGGUUCUUUGGUGGUGACCCAUUAAGAAUAACUGUUUUUGGAUCUGGGGCAGGAGGUUCAUGCGUCAAUCUGUUGACUUUAUCCCAUUAUUCUGAAGGUAACCGUUGGAGCAAUUCAACCAAAGGACUUUUUCAAAGAGCAAUAGCUCAAAGUGGAACAGCUCUCUCCAGCUGGGCAGUUAGCUUUCAGCCUGCAAAAUAUGCCAGGAUGUUGGCUACAAAAGUUGGUUGCAACAUGUCAGACACUGUAGAACUGGUAGAAUGUCUACAGAAGAAGCCUUACAGAGAACUUGUCGACCAGGACAUUCAACCAGCAAGAUACCACAUAGCCUUUGGACCAGUAAUCGACGGCGACGUGAUCCCAGACGACCCUCAGAUCCUGAUGGAGCAAGGAGAGUUCCUCAACUAUGACAUCAUGCUGGGAGUUAACCAAGGGGAAGGGCUGAAGUUUGUUGAAAACAUUGUGGAUAGUGAAGACGGCAUAUCAGCCAGUGAUUUUGACUUUGCAGUUUCUAAUUUCGUCGAUAACUUAUACGGAUACCCCGAAGGCAAAGAUAUAUUGAGGGAAACUAUUAAAUUUAUGUACACAGACUGGGCAGACCGGCACAACCCUGAGACCAGAAGGAAAACACUGCUGGCUUUGUUUACUGAUCACCAGUGGGUUGCACCAGCAGUGGCCACAGCAGAUCUUCACUCGAAUUUUGGAUCGCCUACGUACUUCUAUGCCUUCUACCAUCAUUGCCAGACAGAUCAGGUACCUGCAUGGGCAGAUGCAGCCCACGGAGAUGAGGUUCCUUACGUACUAGGAAUCCCCAUGAUUGGUCCUACUGAGUUAUUUCCUUGUAAUUUCUCCAAAAAUGACGUCAUGCUAAGUGCAGUGGUGAUGACAUACUGGACAAACUUUGCAAAAACUGGUGACCCAAAUCAACCAGUGCCGCAAGACACAAAAUUCAUCCACACAAAACCAAAUCGUUUUGAAGAAGUAGCAUGGACCAGAUAUUCUCAGAAAGACCAGCUGUAUCUUCACAUUGGAUUAAAACCACGAGUGAAAGAACACUAUAGGGCCAAUAAAGUGAACCUUUGGUUGGAACUGGUACCUCAUCUGCACAAUCUUAACGACAUUUCACAGUAUACCUCUACCACAACUAAAGUGCCAUCGACUGAUAACACUUUCAGACCCACAAGGAAAAAUUCUGUUUCAGUUACUUCAGCCUUUCCUACAGCCAAACAAGAUGAUCCCAAGCAGCAGCCAAGCCCAUUUUCAGUGGAUCAAAGGGACUACUCAACAGAGUUGAGCGUUACUAUCGCAGUUGGCGCAUCUUUGCUGUUCCUGAACAUUUUGGCCUUUGCAGCGUUGUACUACAAAAAGGACAAGCGGAGACAUGACGUUCACAGGAGAUGUAGCCCACAACGUACCACUACCAACGAUCUCACCCAUGCACAAGAAGAGGAGAUAAUGUCCCUCCAAAUGAAGCACACUGACUUGGAUCAUGAAUGUGAGUCCAUCCAUCCACAUGAGGUGGUUCUUAGGACCGCCUGUCCCCCAGACUACACGCUAGCCAUGAGAAGGUCUCCUGAUGAUAUCCCCUUAAUGACACCCAACACCAUCACAAUGAUCCCCAACACUAUACCAGGGAUUCAGCCCCUACACACAUUCAACACAUUUACUGGAGGACAGAACAAUACUCUGCCCCAUCCUCAUCCCCAUCCCCAUUCACACUCAACAACCAGGGUAUAGCCAGACAAGACGAAACAAACUUUUAUUUUUUGAUGGAUUACAGUAGGUGAUAUUACUGAAGAUUACUUGGCUUUCAACCUACAAGACUCUUACUAUUUAAAUAUGGAGGAAUAUUAUGUGAAUAUACAUAUCAAGAACAUUUGGGGUUUUGAAAAAAAUGAAUUGUACAUAUAUCAAAUGAACUUAAGAAACAAACAAAACAAAAGAAAAAAAGAAACAAAAAACUAAAAACCCAACUGUUUGCAAUUGCUUGAAGCAGUUGUCCUGAAUGAUACUUUUUCAUUCACAUUCAAGUAUUAAUUUUUUGAAGAUUUAAGUUACAUAAUGGAAUUAGGCAUGUGCAACACAAACAGGAAAGAACUAUGACUGAAAAUUUUAAAAACCUAUAAAUAUGCACAAGGGACACACUAAUGGAAUGUCAGAUAAUUUUCACCAAUUUUUAUUUGGACCUGUUUUCUUGUGUAGACCAUAUUUACAUAUUUGAAUAAGUACACAAAGCACCAAUGCUGUUAAGGCCUUAGAAAGGGGCUCAUGCUGAAAUCUGCCAGUCAGAGAAGUUUUACAGCCUGGCAGGUACAACAUUAUCACAUAAGUGCUGUCAGUAUAAAAGUUGUGGGAAUAAAGGAAACUGGAUAUUUUUAGCACGAUGUGCAUGAUAAUUUAUAUGCUUGGUGGCUGUGCUGCUGAUUAAGCCGUAAUUAAAAUUCUUCUCAUCCCAUUGGAGUUUUUAAUAGAAGCUUUCUCCAUCAAUUGGCACAACCUAAAGAAGUUUUUUAAAGGGGCAAAAGUAAUUACAGUAAAAUAUUUCAUGGUAGCUUCUGAAAAAGAAGGGAUUGCAACAGUUCUUAAAGGUAUUUAUGGCAUUCUAGGUAUACAGUGGUGGACCCUCACUGAUAUGAAUCCCAGACAAAAAAAAUGUAUACUAUUAAUUUUCUUUUUCCUUUCAACCUAAAUAAUUUCUGACUUUGAAAUAACUAUAACUUUAAUGGCAUCUCCUUUGAUGAAGGAUUUAUAAUUUGCUGUGAUUUAGUUACAGAGUAUUUUGUUCAAAUUGAUGAGGUAAAGUGUGUCCAAAAAUUUAAUUGCAAUGACAUUUUGCCAUUUAAAAUUGCCCCAAUAUUACUGCUCUGAUUACGUCUUUCAGUUUAUUGUUUCAACUCAUGUUGCAUGUUACAAAGUUUACUUAUAAUAUUUUAAUAUAAUGUUAAUUCCCUUUUUGCUAUACAUUAGCUUUGUCAUUCCAAUUAAUUCUCUAGACCAGAUGGCAAGAGUGUAGAAAAAGAGGGUAUAUGAGAACGGGGAGAGAGCCAACAACUGGAAAUUUAAAAAUCUGGAUACUACAUAUGUUUGUGUGAUUUGAAGUGAAUGUUCUAAAAAUCACAAAAAAAUUUUCAUUCCCCUGUUGCUUUCCAGUAAUUCUAUACCAUGGUCCUUUCAAAACGUUUGUAUAUGUAAUCAGAUGUACAUUUAUAUAAAAGAAAUAAUUGAGAUGGACUUAAGAGCACAUCCCUGAUAAAUACUUUCUCUCUUACCUGUACUAUAUUUCUAUUAGACUAAAGUUAUGUGAUUUUUUUUUACAUUUUUUCAAAUUACUAGCAAUUUUGAUAGUUUGUAAGAUAAUGCGAAGAACUUUCUCUGACAAACUAACUGCAGUAACAGAAACAUUUCUUUUCAGUUACUCUUUUUCAAGAAUGAAAGCUUAUUACACACAAAAAUUGUAUACUACUUGAUGGAAAAUUACUUUGUAUUUCUUGGCCAUAUUACUGGUCACUGAGUGAAAUAAAGAUAAUCUGGAUAACGAAUAUUAUUCCAAUGUUAAGAGACCUGAUCUUUGCUCAUUAAAGAGCUAAAAUGUUUAUUGCUGUUUUGUCAUUUUUUAAUGAAGUAAUGGUAACUGUCUCAAAUAAAGAGUAAUAUCUUAAGACCAGUCUGGUUUUUGAAGACAUGAGGGUGCCUUCUACAAUUAAUAAAACUGCACAUUUAUAGGCCAGCCCCACCACAGCUAUUUCUUACAGAAAUAUUGACAUUGUGACUGUAAUCACACGUCAAUCUCCUCCAGAUUUCAGGAAUGAGUUAAAAAAUGCAAAUUGAAAUCUUCAGUAUUCCACAAUAGGAAAGAAAAAAUCACCUGGGUUUUAUUGGGUGAUUGAACUUUUAUUAUAAAAGAUUGCUAAGAAGUUUAAAGCAUGUUUGCUAACAUUGAGCACAGACAUUAAAAAUUAAGCUGAAACCAAAAUAAAUACUGCAAUUUCAGUUCUUUCACAAAACUGUUUAACAAAAAAAAAAAAAAAAAAUAGAAAA